UUGGAAUGCAAUUUUCCCAAUUUUUAAAUAAUUUUUUUUUCUAUAUAUAUGUAUUCCUCGUGUAUCUUUCUCUCUUCCCCCUCCUGCUUCAGUUAGAACAUCAUCAAGACUCUCUCUCUCUUGAUGGAAACGUUUCUUAGAAGAAUUGCUUUGUUCCACACUGUUCUUGCAUUUUCUUUAUCUUUCUCAGGUUAUGUUUUUGUAAGAGUUGAAUCCCUUGGCAUCAACUAUGGCCAAAUCGGCAACAAUUUACCGUCGCCGGAGAAUGUUCUUGGGCUCUUACAAUCACUCAAGCUCACAAAAGCAAGAAUUUAUGACACCAACCCUCAAAUUUUAACAGCAUUUGCCAAUUCUAGCAUUGAACUCAUUGUUACUAUUGAGAAUGAAAAAUUAGGUGAUUUAAUUGAUCCACAACAAGCUCUUCAAUGGGUAAAUAUCCACAUAAGGCCCUAUUUUCCGGCGACUAGGAUCACCGGAAUCGCGGUGGGUAACGAGGUCUUCACCGGCGAUGACACGACACUCAUGUCGAAUCUCGUGAAGGCCAUGGUCAACAUUCAUACAGCUCUGAACCAAUUAGGACUAGCACAGUACAUUCAGGUCUCGACGCCGAGUUCCCUGGCGGUGCUGGCAGUAUCGUACCCACCGUCUGCCGGGAUUUUCAGGCGAGAGCUGGCAGGAAUCAUGCCGGAGUUUUUGCAGUUCUUGGCAAGUACUAAAGCACCCUUUUGGAUCAAUGCAUACCCAUAUUUUGCUUACAAGGAUGACCCAAGUGGUGUUGCUUUAGAUUAUGUGCUUUUUAACCCUAAUUCAGGAAUGGUUGACCCUUACACCAAGUUACACUAUGACAACAUGUUAUAUGCUCAAGUUGAUGCUGCUUUGUUUGCUAUUGCCAGAAUGGGUUUUCGAGGGUUGGAAGUUAGGGUUUCGGAAACCGGUUGGCCAUCGCGAGGUGAUUCCAAUGAGUUUGGUGCAACCCUGGAGAAUGCAGCAAUUUAUAACAAGAAUUUGCUGAGAAGGCAAUUGGGAAAUGAAGGGACACCAAUGAGGCCUAACAUGAGAUUGGAGGUUUAUUUGUUUGCUUUGUUCAAUGAGAACUUAAAGCCUGGACCUACUUCAGAGAGGAACUAUGGGUUGUUUCAACCUGAUGAAUCCAUGACUUACAAUGUUGGUCUCACAGCCUUGUCGGCGGCAUCGACCUCUUCAGCUUCCAUUUCUCUAACUUCCUCUGCCACUCAGGAAGCAAAGGUGGGAUAUCAAAGCUUGGUGUACUGGAUGUUUGUGUAUUUGCUGGCCAUUGAAUUACUCGUGAGACGGCCAUUUUAACCCAUUCAAGCUCAUGCAAAUGCCACUUUUUGGCAAUGUAAUCCUUUUGGGCCUUUCUUGCAAUCUAAAAAUCAUUCAAUUUCAAAAUUUUUUAGUUGUGUUUGGAUUAGAAAUUUGAAAAUGAAUUUAUGUAAGGGAAAGGAAAGAAAAGAUUGAGUGAAAUAGAUUUUUUUUUUUUUUUUUUUACAACUGUAGUCAAAUUUUAAUCCAAACACAAUCUUAACAAGUAGAGAAGUUAAACUCCAUUUUGACCAACCAUACAAAAACUUUCACUAUGUUGAUGGGUUUAAGACAAUGAGCUUGAUUUCCAACUGGAAGGGGUCAUUUGUAAUCAUCAAAUGAAUAGAAUUUGAUCAAUCUAUCCCACAAUGAAUUACACUGGCCAAUUGAACGGUAUUCAUUGAUCAGAAGAUGAGCUUGCUUUCAAAAGGAGACAAGAUAUCUGUUUUAUUUAUGAAAUUGAGAAGAUCUGAAUUCGAUGUAUUAUAUUAUUACUGUAAACAAAAUAACAAUGCUAGGUAUAAAAUGAAGAUGAUCAAAAUUCACUGUAUUAUGCUAUCAUUGUACAAAAUUGGAAAAUUGUUUCUUAAUUUACUUUUGGCCUUUUAGCUAGGACUAGGAAAAUAUGUAUGUAUUUGCUUCUUUUAUGUAAAUGGAGAAUAGUGAGAUCAAUCUUGUAAGCCUCCUC